ACUCCACUGGCAAUGCUCCACUGUGCGCGAAACGACGCGAUUUGAUAGUCGUUAGUUUCCUCCCGCGCUCUGGUUUGCGCUUGCAAACUGUACCAGUUAUUCAUAUCAUCGGAGUAUACCAGUUUGCUUACAUAUUAUGUCACCCACCGAUGGGGCGGUGAGGUUCUGACAAAGCAGUUGCUUUGUAAAGAGAAGGAUGUCUGGCGCAGCGCCACGCCGACGGCAAGGCGCCAGCCUAACAGUCAUCCAGGCAAUUGGAGUCGCUGUGCUUCUCACAGGACUGCUCACUCUCUAUCUGCGCCAUGAAAGCCUAAACGUUCACUCAGGUAUCCGAUCGGCGAUACAUGUAGAGCACGCAGUAGCCAGCACGGUCAGCGCUACGGGCGUAAGCGGUGCCUCUGCACCACGGAAGCAGCUGGAGGAGCCGUGGGGCUCGCACCACAUGUACGUCAAGUCGGGGCCUUUGGCCCCUUGCCCGAAGCAGUUCGCCCCCGGGUCGUGGGCGUCAACGUCGAUGGGCCAGUGGACGUUGCCCCUGACACUGGAGGCGCAGCAGGAGAUAUAUGCCAACCAGAACCCAGAGGACUGCAGCAAGGCCAAGUACCUGGUAUACCACGUGGUGCCCAACGGCGUGGGGGCCGUCAUCCACGUGGCGGGCGUGGCGCUGCAGGUGGCACUGGACCUGAACCGCGUUUACGUGGAGGCGGCGGGCACCUUUCUGACGGACUCGGCGCAGUGCGGCAAGUCCAAGACGCUGGACAGCUGCUACUUCCUGCCCUUCAGCAAGUGCAAGCCCACGGCGGCGCAGCUCAGAGACGCGCCGCAGCUGGUGUCCAGUCGCCGCAAGGGGCAGGAGGACAAGCCGGUGCUGACGGUGACGCACGACGCCCUGGUGGAGGUGCGCGCUCAGGCGCCACUGCGCUUCUUGGAGCGGCUCAACCAGACCAACAUGGACCCCAAGAAGUGGUACUACUGGUGGCGCGCGCAGGCAGCGGCGUACAUGCUGCGGCCCAACGAGGCCAUACUCAAGGAGAUUGCGCGGCGGAAAAAGACCAUGAUUGCGGGCCCCGCCCCCGCCCCCGGCUGCAUUAGCGUGCACGUGCGGCAUGGUGACAAGGGUGUGGAGGCGCAGACCUUUGACGACCAGGUGUACGACAAGACCGCGGCCAAGCUGCGUGGGCUGGACCCAGACCGCUUUGCGGACCGGCUAUGGGUGAGCACGGAGGACCCCAACACCAUCUCCUACUUCGCCACCAACAACACCACCGCCGCCGGCAACAAGUGGCAGACGGGCUACAUCGCGGGCACACCGCGCAAACCGGACAGGACCAAAGCCAACCUGGCCUACAUGGCUGAGAUUGGCUAUUACGAGGAGGUGCUCAACGCCAUGACCAACUUGGACCUGGCGCUGGAGUGCGACGGUUUCGUGGGCUCCAUCUACUCCAACUGGGUGCGGCUCAUUGACGAGAUGCGCUCCACCAUCCGCUGCAAGGCCGACGCGGUGUUUGCGGACGUGGUGUACGACAGCCCGCACUCCAUGGACGUCAACUGGUAGCCGGGAUGUGAUGAAGUGCACAGAAGCGCACGCAGGGGAGAGGAGCAUCAUACGUGCACACGUGAAGGCUGAAGAUGUGAUUUGCUCGGGGGGCCCGCGACGGGACGGAGUGGGGCAAGUGGAUGUGGAGAGGACGAAAGGUUGUCGGGCCAACGGAGCGCUUACACGUGUUGGUGACAUACUGUGCAAACACCCGGUGCUUCUGCAGCGUUAGGUGUGCGAAAGAAUCGAAGGACUGUGUCAACUGAUUACCGUAUGGAUGAUCUGCAAUGUGCGAUGCAAUCCAUGCAACCAAUGCAAUGAUAAUGGA